AUGCACAAUGACACUGCCAUGGAUUACUGCUUGUUCUUUUCUCUUAUUUUGGCUCUGAAGAUCCACAAAGCACAUUCGGCUCUUGAUUUGUCUCUUUAUCUGCACAACAUCCUGAAGAACCACACGGCUCACGCAUGUGAAGGAGACACGCUCGCCAUCGAGUGUCCCUCGAGGACGUCUGUGGCCGUCCUCUCAGCUUUCUAUGGACGACGUGUCCCUAAUCAGCAUUUAUGUCCCUCUGCAAACACAAACACGACUGGGGAGGAGGAUAAAGAAUGCACUUCCCCAGUUGCUAUCGAGAAAGUGGCGUCAGAGUGCCAGGAUCGGCAGUUUUGUCACAUCCCUGUUUUCAGUCCAGUGUUUGGGCCGGACCCCUGUCCCCUCACCAGCAAGUACCUUCUAGUCUCCUACAAGUGCAGACCAGAGCACCAUCGGAUGAGGCUGGUGUGUGAAAAUGAGCGCCUGAGGCUGAUGUGUAAAAACGACACGGUCCUUGCGAUCUACUCGGCCACGUUUGGACACCUGCUGCAUGGCAGUCCUUACUGCCCGCAGGAACCUGGAUCACACACCGACAUGGAGUGUUUGUCGUCUUCGGCUCUGAGGAAAGUGUCACGCAGGUGUCACAGCAGGGCAACCUGCUCAUUGGUGGCCGAUAUUCACACCUUCGGGGACCCCUGCUUUCCCGGCACCAGGAAACACCUGCGAGUCUCCUAUACUUGUGUGCCCCGGUAUCUUCUGGAAGAUGUGGGUCGAGGGUCAACGGAUCCUUUCAUGAUCUCAGACUACACCCAUGGUGGAUGGUACACUGGCCCCACCUACAGGCCUCAAAACGUGCUCUUUACCAACUCUCUGGAGAUCAUUGAAAAAGUAUUGGAUCUCCCAGAGCGAGUUGCUCUGUACUUUGUGUCUGGCAUCUGUGCUGGUCUGGUGUUCCUGCUCUGCCUGUUCGGCAUACGGUCCACACUAGUGAAGGAUGUUAAAGAUCUGGUUUCUGACCUGAAGGAUGAGUAUAAAGCAUGUCACAGAAAGCGCAACGAGCUCAUGGAGGACCUCUUUGACGACGACAUCUCAGACACGUCGUCCUUCCGUCGCCUCACACAAUCCUACCGCACGACAGAAAUCCUCAGUCCUUCCAACUUGACAGUAGAGAUGGUUGAAAGAGAGGCGGAACAGACGAGGGAUCUGCCCAACAGAGAAAUUUGGCCGCAUCAAGACUCCAGCCCUUACGCCAUUCAUAAGAUUAAAACCUACAACAAUUGA